AAUAAUUUUCGGUUACCAGCUUAUGCCGCACUCGAUUAAAAUAUUUUAAACGUUAAAGUAAGGGCCAGGAAGCAAGUCGUUUUCAAGAAACCACGGUAUUCUGUAGAUGAGCAUAAUGCCCCACGAAAUCAAAGAAUUUAUUCUACCAGAUCACUUAAACGAGAAAUUUUUCAAAACAAGUCUAGAAAGUGGACUUCAAAUUAGCGGAAUUGAUAUCAAUGAUUUCCAAAUAACAUUGGGAAGUCAACCUGGCGAUAACUACACCAGCACAAUUUAUCGGAUCAAGGUCAUAUACAAACAAAAAAAUUCUGAGAACAAAGAAAUUUUCCUAAUUGUGAAGAGUAUUCCAAUAGACGAGCAUCGCGCCGUAAUAGAACAGUUCGGAUUUGUGGAUAAGGAGAUCAACGUUUACAUUGAAAUAUUACCCAAACUUUCCAAAAUACUAGGUGACACUCCUAUAGCCCCAAAAUGUUUCCAUAUUUUCAGAGAACCUCACCGCAACAUAGUAUUCCAGGAUAUGAAACCUUUGGGAUACAAAGUUGCCAGUCGGCAGAUUGGGCUUGAUGAGGAACACCUGAAGGUGACGCUGAACAAAGUUGCAAAAUUCCAUGCCGCCUCGAUUAAAUUGCUGAAGGAGGACCCAGCAAUCGAAAAAAACUAUUGUGAAGGAUUUUUUACAGAAGAAUCGAUUGUAGACCCAAUUUUUCAAAAUGUAUUUAAAGAGAAUAUCAAAUUGGCUGCCGGAAUAUUGAGCAAUAUACCUGGGUAUGAAAGGUUCUAUCCAAAGUUGAUGAAAAUUUAUGACAACUUCAGAGAAGUUGCUUUGAAAAUGGUGGAACCCGAUCCUGACAAUGACAUAAAAGUAUUAAAUCACGGCGACUUAUGGGUCAAUAACUUCCUUUUCAAAUAUGAUGAAAAGGACAAGCGACCAAUAGGCAUAGUGUUUGUUGACUACCAGGGAACUUUCUUCAAUAGCUUGGGAAUCGAUCUGAACUAUUUAUUCGCCACGAGUGCCCAGGUGGAUGUUCUUAAACGGAAGAUUGAACUAAUUGAAAAAUAUUAUUACCCAGUAUUCACGGAAACUCUGAAAAGUUUGGACAUUGGAUCUAUUCCAACCCUCCAAGAUGUAAUCAGUCAAGUAAAACAACGGGAAAUGUAUAAUCUAUUUUGCCUUUUUGCCGUCUUGCCAUUGGUAUCGAUGAACGAAGAAGAAUCAAAAACGAAUGACUUUUCACAGUUUGCGGACAAGGAGAAGUCGUACCAGAAAACAUUAAUUGGAAUGUCCAGCAAAAGGUUUUCGGAGUCAAUGAAAUAUACCGUAGAAUAUUUAGAAAGCAUGAUUGACAAAACCAUAAGUGAAUAUAUGCCGUCCGAAAUAAACAAAUUUGUUUCACCAGAUCACUUGGACAAGGCAUUUUUUAAAAGAAGCCUAGAAAAUGGGCUCAACGUAAGCGGAAUUGACAUUGUUGAUUUCCAAAUAACUUUGGGAAGUCAACCUGGCGAUAACUACACAAGUACAAUUUAUCGAGUCAAUGUCAUAUACAAACAGCCAAAUUCAGGAAAUGCGGAAAUCUCCCUAAUUGUGAAAAGUAUUCCAAUAGAUGAGCACCGCGCUUCACUAGAAGAGUUAGGAGUAGUGGAUAAGGAGGUCAAUGUUUACGUUGAGUUAUUGCCCAAGCUUUCCAAAAUAUUGGGUAAUACACCAGUGGCCCCAAAAUGUUUCGAUGUUUUCAGAGAGCCUCACUGCAAUAUUGUAUUCGAAGAUAUGAAAGUUUUGGGAUACAAAGUUGCUGAUCGAGAGGUUGGACUGGAUGAGCAGCACUUCAAAGUGGCUUUGAACAAAAUUGCCAAGUUUCAUGCCGCAUCCAUUCAGCUCUUGAAGAAGGAUCCGGCAAUUGAGAGAAACUAUGGUGACGGAUUCUUUACAGAAAAGUCGGUAGUCGAUAAAGUUUUCGAAAUGUUGUUUAAAGGAAAUAUCAAAUUAGCUGCCGAAAAAUUGAAUAAGAUACCAGGAUAUGAACGAUUCCAUCCAAAGUUGAUGAAAAUCCAUGAUAACUACAAAGAAGUUGCUUUGAAUACGGUAAAACUUGAUCCUCAGAAUGAUAUAAAAGUAUUAAAUCAUGGUGACUUGUGGGUGAACAACUUUCUUUUCAAAUAUGAUGAAGAGACACAACGGCCAACUGACAUAGUGUUUGUUGACUACCAAGGAACCUUCUUCAAUAGCUUGGGAAUCGAUUUGAAUUAUUUAUUCGCCACGAGUUCUCAAGUGGAUGUGCUUAUGCGGAAAAUCGAACUAAUCGAAAAAUAUUAUUAUCCUGUAUUCGUGGAAGCACUGAAGGAUUUCGGAAGUGGAUCUAUCCCCACUCUCCAAGUUGUGAUCAAUCAAGUAAAACAACGAGAAAUGUAUGCCCUACUCUGCCUCAUUGGCGUCUUACCACUGGUGUCGAUGGAUCGAAAAGAAUCGAAAAAUAAUAGCUAUGAACAAUUUGCAGAUAAGGAGAAGGCGCUCCAAAAGACGUUGAUUGGAAUGUCCAGCGAAAGAUUUUCCGAGUCACUGAAAUAUACCGUGAAAGAUUUAGAAAAUCUUAUUGACAAAACAAUAAGUAAAUAUUAACGUAUUCCGUUCGUAUUGUUUGUUUAGUUUUCAAAUUUAUUUAAAGUUUAUAUGAACACUAAAGACAAAAUGCAUUCGUUUAUGAAUUAA